CGCGCCGGGUGACGGCGAGGCCGGAAGAUGGCCUGGGUGCUCAAGAUGGACGAGGUGAUCGAGUCCGGGCUGGUGCACGACUUCGACGCCAGCCUCACGGGCAUCGGGCAGGAGCUGGGCGCCGGCGCUUACAGCAUGAGUGAUGUCUUGGCAUUGCCCAUUUUCAAGCAGGAAGAUUCUAGCCUUCCAUUGGACGAUGAAACUAAAAACCCGCCCUUCCAGUAUGUGAUGUGUGCCGCAACAUCUCCAGCAGUAAAACUGCACGAUGAAACACUCACCUACCUGAACCAAGGUCAGUCUUAUGAAAUUCGGAUGCUGGAUAAUCGGAAAAUGGGAGAUAUGCCUGAGAUCACUGGAAAAUUGGUAAAGAGCAUCAUAAGAGUCGUAUUCCAUGAUAGACGGCUACAGUAUACAGAGCAUCAGCAACUCGAAGGUUGGAAGUGGAAUCGCCCAGGAGAUAGACUUCUUGAUUUAGAUAUCCCAAUGUCCGUGGGAAUAAUUGACACAAGGACAAAUCCAAGCCAGUUAAAUGCAGUUGAAUUUCUGUGGGACCCUGCAAAACGCACAUCUGCUUUCAUUCAGGUACACUGCAUCAGCACAGAAUUUACUCCCCGGAAGCAUGGAGGCGAGAAGGGAGUGCCUUUUCGGAUCCAGGUGGACACCUUUAAGCAGAAUGAAAAUGGAGAAUAUACAGAUCAUCUACACUCAGCGAGCUGCCAAAUCAAAGUUUUUAAGCCUAAAGGUGCAGACCGGAAGCAAAAAACUGACCGAGAGAAGAUGGAGAAGAGAACUGCUCACGAAAAAGAAAAGUAUCAGCCAUCCUAUGAUACCACAAUCCUCACAGAGAUGAGGCUUGAGCCUAUAAUUGAAGAUGCAGUUGAACAUGAGCAGAAAAAGUCCAGCAAGCGGACUUUGCCAGCAGACUACGGUGAUUCUCUGGCAAAGCGAGGCAGUUGUUCUCCGUGGCCCGACGCCCCCACAGCCUAUGUGAAUAACAGUCCCUCCGCAGCGCCCGCUUUCACCUCCCCACAGCAGAGCACCUGCAGCGUCCCAGACAGCAAUUCUUCUUCCCCAAAUCAUCAGGGAGAUGGAGUUUCACAAACCUCUAGUGAACAACUUCAGCCUUCAGCCACCACCCAGGAAACACAGCAGUGGCUGGUCAAAAACAGAUUUUCUUCCUACACAAGACUGUUUUCCAAUUUUUCAGGUGCCGACUUAUUAAAACUGACAAAGGAAGAUUUAGUACAAAUUUGUGGGGCAGCCGAUGGAAUUCGGCUGUAUAAUUCACUGAAGUCAAGGUCGGUUAGGCCCCGCUUAACCAUCUAUGUCUGUCAGGAGCAGCCGGGCAGCUCACUGCUGCAAGGGCAGCAGCAGGCUGCAGGCAGCGGAGCCGAGAAUGGCAGUGGGACACCCUACGUUUAUCAUGCAAUCUACUUGGAAGAAAUGGUUGCCUCAGAAGUUGCUCGAAAACUUGCGUUGGUGUUCAAUAUUCCGUUCCACCAGAUUAACCAGGUUUACAGACAGGGUCCCACUGGUAUUCACAUUCUUGUUAGUGAUCAGAUGGUUCAGAACUUUCAAGAUGAGAGUUGUUUUUUAUUCUCCACAGUAAAAGUUGAAAAUAGUGGAGGUAUCCACAUAAUUUUGAAGUGAUUUCUUAAAUAGUCUGAACUAUAUUCGUUACCAAAUAAAGUCACGCUUAAAAGUGUGUGAAGACUGAAUCCAAGAAGUCUUGGGAUUGGAUUUUACUAUAUGAAUGUUUCAUAUUGAAAACACAAGAUGACCUUUCUAACGAGCUGUACGAGAGGCGAAUCUCCUCACUGUCACUGCCAUAGCCAAGCAUCCUCAUGAGAGUGAGCACACCGGACAGCACGCCCGCUCUGGGCCACGGCGCAGGCUGCCUGCCUGCCUCUGGCAGAGGCCAGGAGAUAAGAGUUCCUCGAAGCAGCCUUGGCUGUCUUCUUACACUGUAUGCGGUUUGGAAAUGAAUGUAAAAACCUACUGUGGGCAUUUACCUUUCUGUGCCAGUUUUGGCCUGAACCUCCUGCUGACCUGGGGACAGUGCCGCUGUGGCGCCAGCAGGGAGCCUGUCUGCGGAGAUGCGGUGUGCUGAUACAGUGACUGGUGGUCAGGUAAGAGGCUUGGCCCUUCUCGGAAGAAGCGUGUCUAAGGGUGUGCGUCUCACGUGAUCAUGCCAGGUUGGGAAGAGCCACGCAGGAAGACUGGCUGGAAGCGAGCUGCAUUAUCAAGAGUACCUUGGUGAGAGGAUCAGUGUAAAUCCUAAUAGGUACAAAGACUUUGUGUUUUUGCUUUGUCACAGAUUUAAUGAAAAACUUUUGCUUCUGCUCCCAUUUUUAGCAUUUUAUUUCUGGUUUUCAUUUUUAAAGCCCCAUUGCCUUUU